AUGAGUUAUAAUCCUUAUAUGGGAUAUAUGUUUCAACAACCACAGGUGUUGGCACCUGCUAUUGCAACACCUGUGACACCGGUACCUACUAUUCACGCCACUCCAGAUAGAACGGAAGGUCCGGGUCUAAUGCAGCAUCAGAAGGAAAAGUACGGUGCUCAUCUCUUUGCAAAGAACGAGGAUGGAAGUUACACUUGUUUCUUUGCCAACUGUGGCAAGCAGUUGUCGGCAAACUUCUCGCGUCACAUCAGUAGACACGAACAGGAUGGCGAUCCUCUCGCUGCCUCGGUUCAAGUCCGUGGAACCAAAGCAUCUGUGACAGCCACCCCCAAUGGUCUACAGUCAGGCAUGGUACAACAGCCGUCGAUGACACCGCUCACUCCUAUGGGACAAAUCAAUCCAAUGGUUCCAAUGUCACCGAUGACACCGAUAACAAUGACACCACUGCAACCGAUGGCGUCGAUUCCAAUGGUGAUUCCACCCGCUAUGCCACUGCCGUUCCUCAACAAUCCAAUGGCUGCUGCCAUGGCACACACACAGAUGAUGCAGCAACAGAAUUCGAUGCAGCAACCGGUUGUCGCGCCACAACCAGCCCAAACACCUACGCGUCAUCCAAAGAGACACUCAUCGAUCUCGAACGCACCACCAACACCACAGCCAACACAAGAGGAAAUGGAGAGUCAAGGUAUUCCAUUCCAGGUGUGUCAGCACCCAAGUCACGAGAAUUGGUGGGGAACUUCACCAGUGUUACCACAAUCAGAGUUUUACAAUCGCGCAUCGAAAUGUAAGAAAUGUUACAUCAAACAGCAGCAACAAGCAAAGGCAGCCAAGAUACAAGGUGGUGGUACUAGCAUGCAUAAUAUCAUGUCAAGUGUAAAUCAUUCAACUAGCUCAAGCGAUCCUAUGCCAAUUACACCAAAGAAGAGAGAAGCACCAACACCUAUUAAACCACCUACACCAAAUCAACAUAUUUCUACACCACAAAAGUCAAUAAUGCCAAUGCAAAUUCAAAUGCCAAUGCCAAUGCAGAAUAUCAUUCCACUUCAAGUACAACAACAACAGGUGGCCAUGCAACAACAACAGCAAAUGCAAGCACAACAACAAUAUCAACAGUUGGCAGCACAACAACAACUACAAGCACAACAACAGAAACUCACUCAGUUACAACAACAACUUCAGGCUCAUAGCCAACCUGCAGCCAUUCAAAAUGGAUUCCGUUCUUUACCACGUCCCAAACGUGAUCCAUCACCACAAGAAAUCAAUCGUUUGAUUCUCGAGAAACUCAAAGAGAUUAUCGGUAUUUUAAUGAAGGAUUCACGAUCCAAAUGGUUCCGUGAACCUGUCGACCCGAUAAAGAUGGGCAUCCCCGAUUACAACGAUGUCAUUAAGCAACCACGUGAUUUUGGAACCAUCGAAAAAUCUUUGGCAGCCGGUAAAUUCACUCACUUCUCAAUGGUACAUAACGACAUUAAAUUGGUAUUCAAGAAUGCUAUGACUUAUAAUGAAGAGGAGAGCGAUGUUUAUGAGUUGGCUGAAGAAUUGGAAAAGGUAUAUGACGAUCUCUUUAGAAAGGCACAGCUGGAAUCCGAAGCUGAAGCUCAACUACAAGCAGAGAUCAUCAAGGAUAUCUGUUGUUUGUGUCGUAGACAACCAGUUCCAUACAGAAGAACACCCACUCAAACCACAGGAGAGGGUGCUACUUCACCACAGCCCGACGAAACCACACCAGUUCCAUUGUUGCUAUGUGAGGGUUCCUGUCUGAGAGCAUUCCAUCUCCAUUGUCUUGGUUUGCCAGUCGAUACCAAGCCACCCUGGAUGUGCGAGGAAUGUCAUCAAGGUCGUCCAGUAUUACAUUUCGAUCCACAGAAACAAGAGUAUUUCUACUACUAUUACGAGGGUGUUAGUUGCGACGAAGAGCAAGACAACAACAGUUUUGAAGGUAACGACGAAGCCGUCGUAUCAAAUCUUGGAAUGUUGGCAAAGGAAGAAAAAGUAACCCUCAGACAAGAAGAAGAAUCUCAUCGUGUGCGUGAUAUGUACUUUGAUCCAGUAUGGUGUAUGUGGAGAUGUAAAUCAAGAGCUGUUAUGAAACAACGUGAAGAUAGACAAAAACCUUUAAUUUUAGCCGUUCAAUCAAAAGUAAAGAGAAUUAAGAAGAAGAGAGGAAGAAAACCAAAGAAUGCAAAAGUGUAA